AUGUCCGAACAACCCUUCAAAAUCUCUGUGCCCGACUCUGAGCUCGCCCUCCUCCGCCAAAAGCUCGCGCUCACGCGCCUCCCAGAUGAGCUCGACGGCGCGGGCUGGGACUACGGCGUGCCCCUCGCGGACAUGCAGCGCCUCGUCGCGCGCUGGAGGGACGGUUACGACUGGCGGAAGCACGAGGCCGAGCUGAAUGAGCUCCCGCACUUCACGCGGGAUAUUGAAGUAAAUGGGUUCGGGACCCUGAAUAUACAUUAUCUGCACCGGAGGAGCCAGGUGGAGGGCGCCGUGCCGCUGUUCUUCGUGCAUGGGUGGCCCGGAAGCUUCUUCGAGGCGAGGAAGAUCUUGCCGCUGCUCACCGCUGCGUCUCCGGACCAGCCGAGUUUCCAUGUCGUCGUCCUCGAGCUCCCUGGCUACGGCUUCUCCCAAGGGACGAAGCAGAAAGGGUUCGCAAUGGCGCAGUACGCCGAGGUCGGGCAUAAGCUGAUGCUUGCGCUGGGAUACAACGAAUACGUGACACAAGGCGGUGACUGGGGAUACUACGUGACCCGCAAAAUGGCCUCCCUGUACGGGCCAAAACACGUCAAAGCCUGGCACACCAACUUCACAAUCUCCGACACCCCCAAACCACACCGCAAUCCCCUCCUCUUCCUCCAACUCCUCCAGCACGCCCUCACGCCCUUUAGCCCGUACACCCCCGCCGAGCAGCGCGGGCUCGCGCGCAGCCAGGCCUUCCGCGAGCGCGGCGCGGGGUACUACUUCGAGCAGAGCACGCAGCCGCAGACGCUCGGGUACAGCCUCGCGGACUCGCCGGCCGGCCUGCUCGCGUGGGUGUACGAGAAGCUCGUGCGGUGGACGGAUAAGUACCCCUGGGAGGACGACGAAGGUCGGAGAUUUUCUCUUCCAAUGCGGUUUUGCGAGGGUUGGACUGACGAGGGGGGGUGUGGCGGGGGCGUAGUGCUGACGUGGAUAUCGAUAUACUGGUUCGCCCGCGCGGGCCCGGCCAACUCUGUAAGGAUAUACUACGAAGUCGAGAAGGCGGGCGACCGCGCGCUGCCCCGCAUCCCUCAUGUCCCCAUGGGCGUGUCCUACUUCCCCGCAGAGGCCGUCAUCGUGCCCAAAUCGUGGAUGCGCGCGCUGGUGGGGAACGUGGUGUUCGAGGCGGACCACGAGAGCGGGGGCCACUUCGCUGCGUACGAGCGCCCGGAAGAACUGGUGGGCGACCUCAGGAAGAUGUUUGGGCGCGGAGGGCCAGCGUUCGGGGUUGUUCCUGGCUUGACGGGAUAUGCGUCGUGAUUUAUGAGGGUAUUGCGGUGUAUCCUUGCCAAUACGAUGGUACGUCGCAUCCGGGGUCACCCUACUCGGAGAAAUGCUUUCGCAAGCACCUUUAUCCUUAUUCAUGGGGAGGCGCAAUUCCGGGCGGCGAGUUGUUUGCAUCUGUUUGGACUCUGCAAGAAAGUGGUCGCAAAUCCCCCGCCUUCAUAGAGCCUUCCGCAUGUCGAAAUCACGCAUAUAAAAUGUACCAGCAGGGAUGUCAUGAUACAGAAGAUGCAAC